GAAAACCCAAACUGGACAAUAAUUAUGGGACGGAGGGAGUAUUUUUUUUGUUUGUGAGCCAAGGAUUUGAAGAAUUGUUCAGACUAGAAUUAGUUCUUUGUAUGCUUGUUACCAUGUACUGCUAGGAUGUCAAAGAUUCUUCGUCAAAGAGUGCAUAGUUUUGUGGUUUGCAUCUCCAGUCUCUUUCUGUGACUUCUGCCUGUCAUUGCAUAUUAUCUUCCAGGUUGCUCUGUGAUUCUUCGUUUGCUUUCCAUCAUGUUGAAUUGUGCUGCAUGUUUCUCGGUCUAUCUAUAGCUUCAUCAUGCAUUCAGAAACAUCGGUAUAUGCUUCCCAUUAUUAAGUAUUCUUGAUCACCUAAAGUUGGAGGAAUCUUUCUUAAUGUUUAUUGUAAUUCUUGAUCACAACUCAGCAAGAUUUGAAAGCAGUGAUUCUUAUGAUUUACCCUUUAUAUUGGAUUUUGACGUGUAGAAUAUUGCAGAAAUUGAACUUGCCAGGUUACUGCUAUGGCUACUCCUGCUAGUCGUCUGAUUCAAGAUCAGAACUUGAACAUUCAUUCUACUGGUACUUUUGGAGCACUGGGUGGAAAGGUUGAUGUCUCCAAAGCCACAAAAAAAGGAGCACUCGGGGGAAGGAGGGCACUUAAUGACAUAUCAAAUUCAGGCAAGCCGUCAGCAACCCAGCCUUCGACAAAAAAUAAGUUCAUAAAUGCUGGUCCAACUGGAAAAGAUCUUGGUGCAAAUAAAGCAUUUUCUUCCAAGAACCAGGAGAAAGGGAAAGCAAGUGGCAGAAAAGCACUCAGUGACCUUACAAAUAAUGUUAAGCCACCUCCUAAGCUUUUGCCUACAAAGAGUCAAGAGAAAAAGGUUAAUGUUGCUGUUGAAGCGAAUCUCCUAAGUGCAAUUAAGGAGGAGGGGUUUUUGCACAAUCAUGAAGAGUGCUUGAAAGCACAGAGAAAGACUAUGAGCUUUGAUUACUUCCUGGAGACAGUUGGACUGAAUGGAUCUUCUCUGGUGAUACGAGAUCCAUGGGAGUUGCAGCCGGAGAGCCCUGUGAAGCACUUGGUAGAAAUGGACGACAUACCUAUGAUGCUGAAGGAAGAUGAAGUUGAUAAGAACUAUGAAGCGGGCUUCCUGGAUUCGCCUAAGUUUGGUUUAGCAUAUGACAACUGGAAGGAUGAGGACUAUCUUGAUUUCAAAUUGAUUGCGUCUCCAAAACAUGAGAAGUUCUAA